CCAAGCCCACCGUCACCAUCUCCCCCACCAAGAUGGACCCCGGUUCCCCCAACACCGUCCUCCUCUGCACCGCGACGGGCUUUUACCCCCUGGAGAUCGACGUCCAGUGGCUGAAGAACGGGCGGCCGGAGAAGGAGGGCGUCGCCUUCGGGGAGGAGCUCCAGACCGGAGACUGGACCUACCAGCUCCAGGUGAUGCUGGAGACCCAGCCCCAGUGUGGGGACGUCUACGCUUGCAAGGUGGGGCAUGCCAGCCUGGAGGCCCCCAUCAAUGUCCAGUGGGAGCCACGUUCCUCCAAUGCUCCCAAGAGCAAACUGUGGACGGGGGCUGUUGGGGCCGUGCUGGUGGUCUUCCUGGCUGUGGGGCUCUCCUUCUACCUGAAGAACAAGAAAGCAACUCUCAUCCAGCAACCUGCAGCACUCCUGAGUUAAUCCUGCUAUCCCUUCCAGCUAUCAGAUGGAAAAUAGCUGAUGAAUUUCAAUACCUGAUGAAUUUCUGCCUUUUUUGCGAGAGGAGGAGAAUCACAGCCUGGACCUUCUGCUGCCGAGACCCACCAGCUCCUUUCACAGCUUCUCUUUCUUCUGAGGGAGGGGGAAAUGGGGAGGGGGUGGAGACCAUCUAGUCUGCCCCCAGGAACUCUUGGCCUACCAGUUGCUCCAGAACCCCAGUCUCUCCUGCUCAGCACAGACCCCUGUUCAGAGCAGUGGCUGCAACCCACCCACCUUAACCUGAAAUCCAUCUGGCGCUUAGCCAAGCCUGGAGGCCACGAGAUCCAGAGAGAUCCAGAUGUUCCACAUGUCCCAGCCACCCUGGGAUCCCCCAUUCCUGAGAAAUGAUCCCAGAGAUCAGCUGGUCUCUGCCCAGCAAAGCCCCAACCUCUUUUCCCUU